AGGCCCUAACACCAUCCACUUCUCAUUAUGCAGCUUAAUCUUGAUAGAUAACAACAGAUUACUGGAAAUAAACAGGCCAGACUAGCAUGCGUCAGCAAAACCUAUCCAAAAUGUCCAAGCAGCUGAUCAAAGUCUUCGUGUAUGGUACGUUGAAGCAAGGUGAACCGAACCACCAUUGGAUUUCAAGUCCCAAGAACGGCCUUGCCCGUUUUGUCAACAAUGGAACGACGUCAGUCAAGUUUCCAUUAGUGAUUGGCACUCGCUACAAUAUUCCGUUCUUGUUGAACAAACCCGGUGAGGGUCACAAUGUGCAGGGAGAGAUAUACGAGAUUGAUGAGCAGAUGUUGGGAAAUCUAGAUAUACUGGAGGACUAUCCCCGGUAUUAUGAUCGGGAAAUUCAGGCUAUAAUAACGGAUCAAAAUGAUACCGUGGAGUGCUGGUUAUACUUGAUACGAAAUUAUCCGGAAAAAUUAUUAAGUAAGCCGCAUCUCAAUUCAUACCACAAUACGCCUAAGCAGCCGUACAGCGAGAGGUCAGCACGUGAUCCAAAUAUCAUAGCCCGCGACGAUUUAUCUUACUGAAUCAUUUAUUUUCGCAGCUAUGCAGAUAGUACUGCAGCGGAUUUGUUUACAUACGACUGACGGAGCUAGAGACGAUGAAGCAAGUGUCUUUAGGCAAAUAAAAUUCCACGGAAAUUACAACGGAUUUCAACGCAUGGCUAUUAUUCAUAAUGUAGUACAUUGAUUCCAUAAUUAAAAAAAUGCAAACC